AUGUCCAGUGGCCUGCCCAGGUUACUGGAGAAGGUGGGCCCUACAGGCAAGGUCCCCAGCCUCCAGCAGCUGGUUCCCUGCACCCACGCUGGGGCAACAGUAGAAGAAAACCUCAAAGUGUGGUAUGAGCAGAUCCCCAUGGGGGAGAAACUGGCCAGUCAUACAGGGUCCAUCACUGAGCUCCAGGCUGGGGUGAGGCCCACAACUUCUGCAGCCGACCCCCGAGCCUGAGCGCGGGCGAGUGGGCGGCUCCGCGGGAAUACCACUGCUUCCACCCCUUGUGGGCCUUCCCGCAGGCCUACGCCGCGGCCCUGCAACCGCCGUUCCCAGCGCCCGGCUACCCAGGGCCGUCGCUUCAGGAGACCGCAGCUGCGGGGCUGGCGGCGGUCGAGAGCGGGACGCAGUGGCCGGAAGGCAGCAGCCUGCACGCUGAGCUGCACUGGGGCCGCGUGGAGCGUACGCUCGGGCCGGGCCUCGAGCUGCCGAACUUCGUGCGCCGGGAGUUGCGGCGAGCGUACGGCACGUACCCACGCACCGACGUGCGCGUCACCUAUCGCGGCGGCGAGUUCCUGCUGCAGGGCGCGCCGCGCGUGCACGAGCCCGAGAACCGUACGGAGAGGCGAGUGCUGCGUCGGCCAGCCAGCAGCUGCAGUGGCUGCAGCAUCCCCGCGGGGGAAGCGGCGGAGCGCGGCCGCCGGAAGAAGAGGAAAGACUGGAGCUGAGGGCGCCGCGAGGCCCGGCGGCCGGCCAGGAUGA